AUGGCAGGUAGUGGCUUCGAUAAAAAUUCCACAAAAUGCCCCAGCUGUUCCUCUACUUCUAAGAAAAAUGAACUUUGUGUAUGUUCCUGUAAACCAAGAUUUUCUCCAGUUUUGGUGGUGGAAAUGUCACAGACAUCAAGCAAUGCUAGUGCAGAACUUUUAGCUUCAACGGAGAGAAAAAAGGAAAAAAAUAGCAGCAGAGACAUUACCUCUGGGAAAGAUUUGCCCUCAAGAACCUCAAAUGUAGAGAGAAAAACAUCUCAACAACAGUGGGGUCGGGGGAACUUUACAGAAGGAAAAGUUCGUCAUAUAAGGAUGGACAGUGGAGCUGCUAUUGAGGCGGGAAGCUCUGCUGUGAGGUUACUUGAACGGGAGGUGAACAUCCUAAAAAGUGUAAAACAUGAACACAUCAUACAUCUGGAACAAAUAUUUGAGACACCAAAGAAAAUGUACCUUGUGUUGGAGCUUUGUGAGGAUGGAGAACUCAAAGAAAUUCUGAAUAGAAAAGGACAUUUCUCAGAGAAUGAGACAAGGUGGAUCAUUCAAAGUCUCGCAUCAGCUAUAGCAUAUCUUCACAGUAAUGAUAUUGUACAUAGAGAUCUAAAACUGGAAAACAUAAUGGUUAAAAGCAGCUUUAUUGAUGAUAACAAUGAAUUAAACUUAAACAUAAAGGUGACCGAUUUUGGCUUAGCAGUCAAGAAACAAGGUAGGAGUGAAGCCAUGCUGCAGACCACAUGUGGGACUCCUAUCUACAUGGCCCCUGAAGUUAUCAAUGCCCAUGACUAUAGCCAGCAGUGUGACAUUUGGAGCAUAGGUGUCAUAAUGUACAUUUUAUUAUGUGGAGAACCACCCUUUUUGGCAAGCUCAGAAGAUAAGCUUUUUGAGUUAAUAAGAAAAGGAGAACUACGUUUUGAAGAUCCAAUCUGGGAUUCCGUAAGUGAUAGUGCUAAAAGUGUUUUGAAACAACUUAUGAAAGUAGAUCCUGCUCACAGAAUCACAGCUAAGGAACUCCUAGAUAACCAGUGGUUAACAGGCAAUACACUUUCUUCAGUGAGACCAACCAAUGUAUUAGAAAUGAUGAAAGAAUGGAAAAAUAACCCAGAAAGUGAUGAGGAAAAUACAACAGAUGAGAAUAAUCAGUCCAUUCAAGCAAAGCUGAAAAGUUACCAACCUUGGGGAAAUGUUCGUGAUGUCAUUAGCACUUACCAGGAAGAGGAGGAAAAACAGUCCACUUCUGAAACAUUUCCUGCGACCAGUAAGAAGGUAGAUGUGGACAACGUUGGCCUGUGCUAUUCAAGUUUCGCAUCUAGCAGAGUCCUUCCUGUUGAACUCAAGGGAGAAACAGAGAAAGCCCCUACGACUUCAAGCCAAGCAACAGUAGCCAAAGGCACUGCUAAAUCCAUGGCCCCGUCUAGAACCAAAAAGAAACCCUAA